CCACCCCCAACUUCUCCUUCGAACCCACCUCGGCAGCAUUCGCAUGGUCAUACUCCUCGACCGCGCCGACCACAACGACCCUCAUUAUGAUCUUUCUAAUCUGACAGAAUGCAGAUGUUAGCAAGGCGUCUGAAGUUCGGUUUGAAGCAGUAAUCGUUGCGCGCAACCUCCGUCCCGAGAUCGAGUCUGGAGCACGGCCUUCGGACCGCAUGCUCACACCGCGUCGCCAUGCCGUCGAACAUCCAGGUCUUUGUGAAAUGGAAAGACCAGACGAUCUUUGCGGGAGAGAACGUGGAAUGCACAAUUACCUUUAAGAAUGUUGCAGACUCUUCUCCCAAAGCAGGUCAAGGAGGUGAAGGUAGUCAGCAUCAACGGAAGCUGUCUCGUGUCGCGAACCACACAAGCAACUCGGGCUCCGACUCGUUCUUCUCGUUGAAAUCCCCCCAGGGUCUAUUUUCAGGAAGAAGAUCAUACUCUAUCAGCUCACAGAGGAAACCUUACCACCGAACAGCCUCGUCAUUGAGCUCCCCGCUCGUCUCCUCGCAUAGCUUUCCGCCGACCAGCGGCCCCUCUACCCCUCGAAGUUGGCAACCCGGCCACAGCCAUAAACGAUCAGUAUCGAUUCUGUCUAUUGAAAGCGAAGGAUUUCCCGAAAAGACAUCGCCGCAGAGCUAUGGCCGGACUCGACCGGCCCGGGGCCACGGACGCUCGGCAAGUCUACAGGUUGCCCCUAGGAGAAAUGAUAGCUAUGAUGAUACCCAUCGCAAAGUGUCGAGAGCUCCCAUACGCGGCCCUCCCCUCGCAGAAUCCCCGAACGAGUCCGCACCGUGCCCACCCGGCAACUUGAAGGUCGACACUUCACACCUUGGACGAGCAAGUCGGCGUAGCUCUCUUGCCACGAGCCCUGUUGCCACCUCAGAGCCAUUACGUGCUCCGCCGCGAAGGACACAGCUACCAGCUUUCGACUUCAAGUUCCCUCCCGCCCCUCCCACCGCCGACCCCAAUGCCAACCGCCCGGCCCUCUCGCCUUCUCCAAAGUCAUCUGAAAGAUCCCCUUCGCCUGGAAAUCCGGCAUCAAAAGACUAUACGGCAUUGGCCGCGCCAUCGCAUCAGCAAGUUACGCGAAUAAUAUCAGCUACAAGCGUGAAUGGAAGCAGCCGGAGUAGUGGAGAGUUCUACUCCGUUAGUGAUCAUUCAAGCGAGACACUCGCAUCGGAGUAUACAAGUUAUUCAACACAAGCGCCACGGCCGCCACCGACCCCACGACAUGGACGGCAUUACUCGAGUGUGAUGUCACCUACAAAGCCAUCUGAUAGCCAGGCGCUACUCAUGGGCUAUGCACAGAUCAGCGCGUCGUUCACAGUGGAUGGCUCUUUGGUGAACCAGUCGAGCUUUGACGAGGUCAAACGGAAAGGCGUCGUCGGUGGCCAAGUAGGUACAGGCGGGGUUCCUGGACGACCGGGCUCGAGUGGAGAUCGUUCACGCAAAGGUGGUGGUUUUUGGGGAGCUCUCAAAUGGAAUGCGAUUGAAGAGUCCAUCAAUGGACUCCUGUCGAACAAUGAGCUGGAUGGCCUGCGAGACAUGCGCGGUGUUGCUUCGUCGCGAUCAAUCCCGUUACUAUCGACUCCACAGUCGCUCCUUUUCGUCGACCUACGACUAGCUCCGGGUGAAGAGCAGUCAUUUUCAUUCUCUUUCGCUCUUCCGAAGGGACUCCCGGCGAGUCAUAAAGGCAAGGCGAUCAAGAUUGCCUAUAAUUUGGUCAUUGGUACGCAAAGGCCCAGCGGACCUAACGAGGCUCAGCGAGUGAAUCGCAUUAAUAUUCCAUUCCGCGUUUAUAGCGGCGUCAAUGACAAGGGAGAUGUGCUUGGCCAUGACUUGAUGUCACCGUAUGUGAUUUUGCGUGACGAAGCCAAGGUGCAAAAAGUCGGACCAACAACACCUGUGACCCUCAAAAACCAAAGCAUCAGUGGACCGUGGAAUUCCGCUGGAGAUUUUCUUUCUUAUGUGGACGAAAUACUUGAACAGCGUGCGCGCUCAAAUUCGCUCUUCCCGCCAGGGGCAUUAUCGGAGAGACGUUCAAGUUAUGAUGGCCCUCCUCCACAUGCUCUGUCCUGCAAGGAUAUAAUUGAUUUUGCCAUCCUCAACAGCAACCAAGCUGCACACUCCCGGCGCAGCCCAAACCGGUUCGAGAUUGCUCGCGACGGGAAACGGAUCGCCGUGGUGGUGCUCAAUCGUCCUGCGCAUAGGCUGGGUGAGACUGUCAUUGCCACGGUUGACUUUGGCGAUGCUGCUAUCCCAAGCUAUGCUGUACGAGCAUCACUCGAAACCUCGGAGAAAGUAAUGCCUACAAUUGCAGUCCGGUCGAGUGCAAGCAUUCAUCGGACUACGCGCCGCAUCCAUGCAUCUUUAUUUGAGAACACUUUGUACGCAACCCGGGUUGUGUUCAGCCCUGCGAUUCCCAUUUCUGCAACACCUACGAUUCUAACUAGCGGCGUGACUCUGGAUUGGGACUUGCGAUUUGAGUUUGUGACACCAAAAACAAAUGGCGAGCCCGGUCAUGGGCCGUCCGGUACUCAAUUGCUCGAGAUGACAUCCUCUGAUGAUCGUGGCAAAGUUUUGUCUGCGAUGGAGCAUUUGGGUUGCGAAUCGUUUGAGAUUUCCAUUCCCCUGACAGUCUAUGGUGAGACUGUACGUGAGCAUUUGCCAGAAGAGAACGUGGGGUAUACCAUCUAGAGAAUUGUGAUAUACAUCUCAUGUAUGUGCUGUGCUUUUUUGGUGGUGCCUGCAGUGCAGGCUUUUGUUCAUUCGAGCUCGAUAUCCUCCAAGGAUCUUGUCCAUGGAUAUGAUCCUUGCCAAUGGCAUGUUUGUCACAGCUUAUGUAGAUAUCCUGUGUUGUCAUUGCUAUCUGUUUCCUUUGGGUAAGGCUGUCGACACUUAGAUUUGCCACACGCAAACCCCUGUGGCGUAAGAUCCUGG